AUGGCCUCAGCUGCCUCUGCCAGCAUUAAAGCCACCCUCUCUUCUGAAGCCUCCAACUGGAAUCCGGAAAAUGCUUAUUUCCCAGGAGAAUUUGCCUGGGGUGCAGCAACAGCAGCAUACCAGAUUGAAGGAGGCUGGGAUGCAGAUGGAAAAGGCCCCAGUGUUUGGGACACGUUCACCCAUCAGGGAGGAGACCGGGUUUUCAAGAACCAGACUGGUGAUGUAGCUUGUGGCAGCUAUACUCUGUGGGAGGAAGAUUUGAAAUGUAUCAAACAGCUUGGAUUGACUCAUUAUCGCUUCUCUCUUUCCUGGUCACGUCUGUUACCUGAUGGGACGACAGGUUUCAUCAACCAGAAAGGCAAUUGUUCCUUUAAAAUAGAAAGUUGUGCUGCUUUAAUUCAAGGAGUCGAUUAUUACGCCGGAGUGAUUGACAGCCUGCUAAUGAACGGUGUGACGCCCGUGGUGACAUUGUAUCACUUUGACUUGCCUCAACCCUUAGAAGAUCAGGGCGGCUGGAGAUCAGGCGCCACAGCGGAAGCGUUUGAUGCUUACGCCCAGUUCUGCUUCAGAACAUUUGGGGACAGAGUAAAGCUGUGGAUCACCAUUAAUGAGCCGUACGUUGUUGCCGUGCUUGGCUAUGAAAAGGGCCUUAUGGCACCAGGUGUGACAGAGCCUGGUACUGGAGCAUACCUGGCAGCUCAUAACAUGAUCAAAGCUCACGCUGCCGCCUGGCACAGUUACGAUAGACUAUUCCGGAAGAAGCAAGGCGGGCUUGUGUCUAUAGCGCUAAAUUCGGAUUGGGCAGAACCCUUCAAUCCGAAUUCCCUUGCCGACCGUGAAGCUGCUAAGAGGCACCUGGCAUUCUGCCUGGAUUGGUUUGCUACCCCAAUCUUCCUUGAUGGUGACUAUCCAGCUGUCAUGAAGUCCAAGAUAGCGGCUGUAUGUAAACGGCAAGGCUCUCCGUCGUCAAGGCUGCUGGAAUUUACCAGCGAGGAGAAGACGAUGAUCAAGGGCACUGCUGAUUUCUUUGCUCUAAAUUAUUAUACGACCCGCAAAAUUAAGCACCAAGAUAAUUUGUGCACUCAGCCAAGUAUGUCUGCAGACAAAGAAGCAGAGCAAGUCACUGAUCCAUCCUGGCCUGUUGCAACUGGCAGUUCUUGGUUGGCUGUGGUUCCAUGGGGUUUACGUCGGCUGUUGAAAUACAUUAAGGAUACAUAUAAUCACCCUAUAAUUUACAUCACCGAGAAUGGGUUUUCCCAAAGUGACCCUGCUCCACUCGAUGACACUCUGCGUUGGGAGUAUUUCAGGCUGACUUUACAGGAGAUUUUAAAAGCAAUUUACAUUGAUGGUGUCCAACUGAAAGGCUACUUUGUUUGGUCCCUUUUGGACAACUUUGAAUGGACUUGUGGAUACAGCUCUCGAUUUGGACUCUUCCAUGUAGCCUUUGAAAAUUCAGCACUUCCUCGUCUUCCUUACCGAUCGGCCAUUGAAUAUGCCAAAGUCAUUGCCAACAACAGACGGGUUAAAUUAGAUGGGUAACAGAUGUCUCUUAGCAGUAUCCAUGGACGACUUUCAAAGGAGCCACGUGAUGAAAUCUCUUUUUUAAUCUGAAUGUUGGUUUUCAAUACCAACAUUCAGAUUAAAAAUACAAGCAAUAGAAGGAAUCAGAACAAUAACUAUACAAAAAGGAAGCCAGACUUACAAAACUGUAAGGUUCGGGUUGAAAAAAGCAAACUGAAAAUGCUACAAAUUUCAAAGACACUUCUGUCUGCCUAUGUGUUUCGUUUUCCUAUCAGAGUGAAAUAAUAAGCAAGGAACAAGUGAAACCAUCCAAAUAUUUGUUUACCUGUUAUGGACAAAACACAUUUUGACAGC